UGUGUAACAGUUUACCAGAUUGAUAGAGAUUCAUGAAAGAAAGGAAAGGUAUGGCAGGAUGGAUGCCCACCCUGUUUAUAAAUCUGUGCUCUUAGAUGAAACUGUCAAUAAGUAACUAGAAGCAGCCAGGACUGUCUGUGCUUCGCUCUCUCCCCCAGCUCAGUUCCUUUCUGCUCCGCCCCAUCCCUGCUCUCUGCUGCUCAGAUCAGCUUCCUGCUUCUCAUGAAAGCUGUUCCCCUAUAAAGCUGGUCUGCUUUCACUGAAAGAAUUAUAUUCAUAAGUCUGAAGCUGGUUUUGUGGAAAUAUUGUUGGUGUGGUUUCUUUGGGAGAUGAAGGAGGAGGAAAGAAUUUUAAAAAAAGAAAGGGGCAGGCUGAAAGAGCAAAAUCAUCCUGAAGUUUGUGGUCACAUCGUGCCGGUGUUAUAACCAGCUCUGUAGACUGCUGCACUGAAAACAUUUCUGUGAGAGAAUCCUGCUGCAUCACAGAAUCUGGAAGUUCUGAUGUUCCAUUGAAAUCACAAUGGAAAGUCUUGACUUGACUGGCACCCUCAGGAAGACCCCAAGCCUCUAGCGGUACCUGGUAUCAUCUCCAGCAUGUUAUAGAUGUGGAGGAUUCACUGGGAUAUUGAGAAAUACCAGAGGCGAAUUGUUCCACUGUAGUCACAGUAAUGAAAGGCAGUAAUAGAAAUAAGGAUCAUUCAGCAGAAGGAGAAGGGGCUGGAAAAAGACCAAAACGAAAGUGUCUUCAGUGGCAUCCAUUGCUAGCAAAGAAACUUCUUGACUUUUCAGAAGAGGAAGAAGAGGAAGACGAAGAGGAGGAUAUCGAUAAGGUUCAACUUCUUAGGGCCGAUGGCCUAGAGCAAGAUGUUGGUGAAACUGAAGAUGAUGAAUCACCAGAGCAGCGAGCCCGGAGACCAAUGAAUGCAUUUCUUUUAUUUUGCAAACGCCAUCGCUCUCGUGUACGUCAGGAACACCCCAGGCUUGAUAACCGAGGUGCUACCAAGAUACUAGCUGAUUGGUGGGCUGUUCUUGAUCCAAAGGAAAAGCAGAAAUACACAGACAUGGCCAAGGAGUAUAAGGAUGCAUUUAUGAAAGCAAAUCCUGGCUACAAAUGGUGUCCUACCACAAACAAGCCUGUGAAAUCCCCAACACCCACUGUCAAUCCACGAAAGAAACUUUGGGCCUUCCCAUCUGACUCUUCAAGAGACUUUCCAAGCCCCAAGAAAGCAAAGACUGAAGAAAUGCCUCAGCUUAAUUUUGGAAUGGCUGAUCCUACUCAAAUGGGAGGCCUGAGUAUGCUGCUGUUAGCUGGAGAACAUGCUCUUGGCACACCAGAGGUAUCCUCCGGCACAUGCAGGCCUGAUGUUUCAGAGUCUCCUGAAUUGCCUCAGAAGUCACCAUUGUUUCAGUUUGCCGAGAUAUCUUCAAGUACGUCCCACCCUGAUGCUCCUACAAAGCAGUGUCAAACAUCCGCCUUGUUUCAGUUUGCAGAGAUUUCUUCAAACACUUCACAGUUGGGUGGUGCUGAGCCUGUAAAACGCUGUGGAAAGUCUGCACUCUUUCAACUGGCAGAGAUGUGCCUGGCAUCAGAGGGGGUGAAAAUGGAAGAAUCAAAGCUAAUGAAAGCAAAAGAAUUUGAUGGUGGAAGAAUUAAAGAAUUAGAGAAGGGAAAGGAAGAAAGAGAAAUUAAAAUGGAGAAAACAGAUGAAACCAGGUUACAGAAGGAAGCAGAAUUCGAAAACUCGGCUAAGGAAAAUGUAAGAGAUUCUAAGGAAUUGAGAAAUUUUGAAGCAUUGCAAAUAGAUGACAUAAUGGCUAUAAAGAUGGAAGAUCCCAAAGAAAUUAGAAAGGAGGAGUUAGAAGAAGAUCAAAAAUGUAGUCAUUUCCCUGAUUUUUCUUAUUCUGCCAGUAGCAAGAUCAUAAUAAGUGAUGUUCCCAGUAGAAAGGAUCACAUGUGCCAUUCUCAUGGAAUUAUGAUUAUUGAGGAUCCCACAGCAUUAAACAAGCCAGAAAAGCUAAAAAAGAAAAAGAAAAAGAGCAAAACGGAUCGACACGGAAAUGAUAAAUCCACACCCAAGAAAGCUUGCAAAAAGAGGCAGUCUUCGGAGUCUGACAUCGAGAGCGUCAUAUACACCAUUGAAGCCGUCGCAAAAGGGGACUGGGGCAUAGAGAAGCUUGGAGACGCCCCUCGCAAGAAGGUCCGCACAUCCUCAAGUGGCAAGGGAAGCAUGCUGGAUGCCAAGCCGCCAAAGAAAAAAGUGAAAUCAAGAGAGAAGAAGAUGUCAAAGGAGAAAUCCUCAGACACCACCAAAGAGUCAAGACCUUCAGAUUUCAUUUGUAUUUCUGCCGGCAAGAACAGUUCUGGUGAGGCACCAGAGGGUAUAAAGGCAGAACCAUCGACCCCAGUGGAAGAUGCACCACCACCCAGCCUAUCAGGACAGGCCAAACCGGAGGACAGUGACUGUCACAGAAAAAUAGAAACUUGUGGUUCCAGGAAAUCCGAGAGGUCUUGCAAAGGUGCUCUUUAUAAAACCCUGGUGUCUGAGGGCAUGCUCACCUCUCUGCGAGCUAACGUUGACAGAGGGAAACGCAGCUCAGGAAAAGGAAACUCCUCUGAUCAUGAAGGGUGUUGGAAUGAAGAAAGCUGGACAUUUAAUCAGAGUGGGACCAGUGGGAGCAAGAAGUUCAAGAAGACGAAGCCAAAGGAAGACUGUCUCCUUGGCUCCGCAAAGCUGGAUGAAGAAUUUGAAAAAAAAUUCAACAGCCUUCCUCAAUAUAGUCCUGUUACAUUUGACCGGAAAUGUGUUCCUGUCCCAAGAAAAAAGAAGAAGACUGGAAAUGUGUCCUCAGAACCGACUAAAACCAGCAAAGGUCCUUUCCAGUCUCAGAAAAAGAACUUAUUCCACAAAAUUGUCAGCAAAUAUAAGCACAAAAAGGAGAAGCCUAAUGUUCCGGAAAAAGGAAGUGGGGAUAAAUGGUCAAACAAGCAACUCUUCUUGGAUGCCAUUCACCCUACAGAAGCCAUAUUUUCAGAAGAUAAAAACACCACGGAGCCUGUUCAUAAGGUUAAAAAUAUCCCAUCCAUUUUCAACACUCCAGAGCCAACAACAACACAAGAACCUUUGGUGGGCAGCCAAAAGAGAAAAGCAAGGAAAACCAAGAUCACACACCUUGUCAGGACAGCAGAUGGCCGGGUAUCACCAGCAGGAGGUACUUUGGAUGACAAACCAAAGGAGCAACUGCAGAGGAAUCUCCCGAAAGCGACCGAGACAGACUGCAGUGACGAAUGCUCUCACAACACCGAGGUCGCGGAGACCCGGAGCAGCACUCCAGAAAUGCCUGCCGUGUCUGCAUUCUUUAGCCUCGCUGCACUGGCUGAAGUGGCAGCCAUGGAAAAUGUGCACAGAGGUCAGAGAUCAACUCCACUCACCCAUGAUGGACAGCCAAAAGAAAUGCCACAGGCUCCUGUACUUAUUUCCUGCGCUGACCAGUGAAGCGCCCUUUCAUUGUAAAACAUUGUGCUUUACCUACUACCCUAGCCUUGUCUUUACCGAGGGAUGCUAGUGAGUCCAGUUGAUGGAAAAUAGAGACUGCAAACAAGUGCUUGUUGCCCCACAUGGCCCAGAUUCACUUGAAGCAGAAGUUAGCAUCCGGGCCAGUUUGUUCUCGCAGAACCAGAAUCUUUGAGGGUAAGGUUAUCUGUCUGAUAUUGAGCAGAAACAGAAUGAUCCUGGAGCUUUGCUUUCUAUUGAAGGCUUUUGACAGUAAUAGGUGGUAACUUGGUAAAAGGCUGCCUUUACUGUAGCUCAUCCAGCAUCUCUUUUACCAACCAGAGAGUGUGAAACUAGUUUCAUAUAUUACCUAGUUAUUCUUUCAAAACAAAACAAAAACUGACGCACUGCACUAGUUAUUAUUAGAUAUUCUUAGUCUUUUUUGUACAUGGAGAUUUAAGUUCUAAGAUGGUUUAUAUAAUAGGUUAUACCUACAUUUAUAUUGUAGAAUAAAUAUUAAAAAGCCUGUUCCAGAGACCCCCAGCAGCACGGGCAGGCAGAUGUACCAUUGUUAGCGGUGUAUGCUCGGCCUCGUGGUCCAUAUAUUCUGCACUUUUAUAUUUGCCACCAGAGUGGUAGUUUGCUGGCAAAAAGAAUGAGAGAGAGAGAGAGAGGGAGAGAGGGAGGGAGGGAGAGGGAGAGGGAGAAAAUUACAACUCUUACAAUCUGAAUUUUUUUCUUAGCCUUGAGUGACCAUGAAGAAUUUGCUUGAGGCAAAUUGUGGCAAAUAUUUUCCCAGACAGGGGAAGAGUCCUGCAGAUUACAGAUUACUGAUGUUUUCAUGCCUUGAGGAUUCUUUUAUUUUUACACAGGGGUCUAAGUGACCAAUGGAUUGUUCAUACAAACAAAAAAAAGACAAAAAUAUUAUUCAGAAGUGACCUUAGUAUUACUUCACUAUUCUAAACACAUUGAAGACACUCACUUCAUGUGGACUUGGAGCUACAGACCUUUUACAUCUAUCACAGAUUGACUGGACGGGUUGCAAUUGCUAUGCACAGCCUGAUUGGCACUGCAGGUUUUUAGAGCCAUUUGGAGUUUGCGUUGUUAAGGGGGCAUUGAGUCAAUGAGGGAGGUAUGCCUGAUCAGAGUGGGACUCUCAGUCAUAGAUCCACCUGCAAGUCUCUUUCCUUUUUGUGUUGUGUUGCUUUUGAACGUAAAACCAACCAUACAUAUGCCAGCACCAAGUGGAUUCACUGGCUUUAGAACAUUGAACAUAUUGACUUAACCACCUGAUGUUCACAGUGUCUUGUUUCCUAGCAACAGAUGCAAAGUGAUAAAUCAAAAUUAGUCGGAGGCUACAGAUUUCACAGGGUAUUUGUUCUAUAGCACAAAGUAUUUCCCCACUCUUGCAUCACAGCACAAACUACCAAAUUUUCAUUAUUGGAUUCCAGCAAUAAUUUUUAAUGGUUUUCAAACUGGUGGAAUUUUGACAGUGCUAGUUCGAGUUUGAAGCUUUUGAAUUAGAUCUCUGAAUGGUGACAGUUUACAUGGUUUUAUCUAGCUUUCUUAUUUAUACUUGACUGAAUUAUAAUGAUUCUUUUUUCUAAUUGUAAUUUGACUUAAUAGCCAUACAAAAAGUGACUCUAUUCGUACUGACUAGUUUUAGCUUCUCCUGGCUGUAGAUGUUACUUUAGUUCCGGUGCUGGAAAAUACGUACAACAUACUAACAGGAUUGAAAAAAAAAUAGAGGUUUUUCUUUUUUCCAAAGCAGGUAAAGAGGGUAGCAAAGCAUCAGAACGAUGUCCUCAAAAAUUCAUAUUCCUGGUGGGCAUGGAGGAAGAAGGAAUUAGUAAAAGGUUAACCCAAAGUUACAGCUUAACCCCAUUCACAUAGGAAUAAAUCAAGUGAGCAGUUCCAGAUUUCAGCAUAAUAUUUUUACUAUGAUGCUGUUUUAUUAAUAUUUUCUAAAUUUCAGAACAAAAAGGGAAUGUUUGAAAUUGCUGGGUCCCAAGUUGGUGGCUGUUGGAGUUUUGGACCACUCGCUAGCGGUGAUUUGAAAACUGUAAUGAGCUAAAAUCCAAAACGAAAAACCAACAACAAAAAUUGUGUGGUGCAGAACAUGCACCUUGACAAUGGUACUGACUUGUUACUCUAUAGAACACAUUAGAAUAGAUCUAUUUUUGCCAGAGCACCCUCCUUCAGUCCUCCAAUGACAUUUCACUAGAGUUCCUUAAGAGAUGGCUGUAUAUUCAUGGGACCUUUUUUUUUAAAAAAAAAAAAAGCAAAACAAAAGAUUACUUUUUUUCUAUGUGAUUAAUAUCUUACUUGAUCUGCUUUUCCUAAACCUCAGUGGCUUUUCCCUUAAGCAGGGUUGGGGGUGGGAGGGCAACUUAACUGGAUAUGACUGUUUUCAGAUACUUUAAAACAAACUUUUUGUAGAAAUGCUUAAUUUUUAAGCGGUCAGGCACUGAGAGUAGCAGAAAUCCUGCAAAGCUUUAUAGUUCCUUAGACUCACCUCAUCGAUUCUCCGAGUGAAGUCCUGAUUUCAGCAAUUGUGCUUCUCAUGCCCUGAAUCUGCAGGAGAGGAGUGUUGUUACUUUCAGGUAACAACAUUUGUUAGCACAAAUAUUUCAGACCAAUAUGUAGUGCUCUCCUCCACACCCCCGUUAUCAUUUUCAUUUCAUUUCUCUCAUUAUUUUUUAUUUUGGAAAAUCAUAUUGCUAUAGUGUAUGUUUUAAUCUGCCAGCAAAUGCCAUCUACACUAACAUUUGUCCCACAGCAUCAAGAGAAAAAGUUGUUGCACCUUAUAUAUAUCUCAAGCAAACCAAAAUAUGAUGCUCUUCUGCUUUGUGUUAUUCUAAAUUGUUGUAUCAUAUCUUUCUGAAACCAUUCUGAAUUUAGUUGAAAUUAUCAAUAUUUAUGCUUUUAACCUUAAUUUCUGGAUUCAAGCCUGUAUAUAAAUCUUUUGAAAAAAAAUUGUCCUCGCCCUUCUCUGCAAUGCUGGAAGUAGAAGAUUUCGUCUCGGAUGGAGACGCAGUACUGUUCCAGUUUUCUUUAGCCUUUUAUUUAUUUAGUUAUUCUGGGUCUUUCCUAUGUGAUUUUGAAGUGUGUAGAGUAUAUUAUAGUAACUGAAGCUGCAGCUCUAAGAAGCUGAGUGAAAGAAAAAAUACUGUAAGACAUCCUUAAAGUUUUUAUUUGUUUGGGUACUGUAUACGAGAUCAGGAAAAAGAGAAAUGUCCCACAGCCACAUUGGAAAUACAGGUUCUUAUCCCCAAAUUAGGUUAGUUCCCAGAUUUUAGAUCAAAACUGUUAAUUCAUUAACACCCUUUUUAAAAGAUAAAUCCUACCGUUGUAAUUCUGAUAGUCAUUUUCCCAAAAAUAUCAGAAAUAUAUUUAAUUCUGUCAGAUGAGCUUUCCACCAAUGCCAUGUCCCAAAGCCAUGUUAAAAGAAUUCCCACGUUAUCAUUGUGAUUCUACUUCCUGCCAUUAAAAUUGCUGGAGAAAAAAAUAGUGAUGGAACACUAUGAACAAAAAGGAGCAUCUGAACUGGUCUGGUUGUUUAGAAUCCAAUGUGUUCAAAUCCUUCUGUUUUCUUAAGUCAGAUGCUACUGUAAGUCAGAUGAAAUUUUGUUUGCACUCUGCAGUCUUUGGUUCAGUGUAUGGAAAUGUUUGCACCUAUGUAAAGUCUCAAGCUAAUGAUACAUUGCUACAGAACAGGAGGAAGCUGAAAACUGAAUGGCAUGUUUUGUUUAUAAGGUGGGGAGGGGAGGGGAAAUACCAAAAAGCUCUGUUCCAAGUUUGGCAUUCGACAUUAAUGUGAAGCAGUGGGACCAUGCUGCCUGCUAAACUACUGUAUGAAUCAUUCGUGUUCUGAAGAUGAGCAGCUGGAGGCUGGAGGAUGGCAUUCCAUACAGCAAAGAAGCACCACCGCUUCGCCUGGGAAAGGGAAGGAGAUCGCAGGAGGCCUGGAGCCAUCAUUUGUAAAGGGGAUGUUGGGGGGUGUAUACUGUGGAGGAGAUUCACCUUUGAUUGCACUGCUCCACAGAGCCCUCUUAUAAGGCCAAUCCUAAUGGGCUACCUCGGCUUUAAAAGUUCAUUUCAGUAAGUCCUGUUUCAAAAGCUUGUCUUUUUUGCUUCUACCUUCAGUGCCACUAUUUUCCACUGCAGUGUUUUGACUUCACAAACCACCUCCUCCAGAGAGAACAAUGUAUUGCUGAAAAUGGGCAGUAGAAGCAAAUGCUAUUGUUAUAUUUGACCUGUAAAGUAUUCAGAGUGACUGGUAGGUAGAAAUUCAGACUUAGCUCUCCCAAAUAGCUCCUUAUUUUGCACCUUAUAAAAAGUAUACUAAUUAUUCAUUAGAUGUUGCUUCUGUUUAUACAAGCAUUCCCAAAGAAUUAGAUACGGAUUUUGUUUUGAGUUUUUUGAUUUUUGAACAUUACCUUAUUUAGACUGACUAACAGCAUACUUACAAUGUUACAAGAAGCUGUUCAGUUCAUCUUACCAGAGGUGUCUGGCAAAGUAUUCAGGGUUUGAUGGACUGCUUUCCUUUGGUUUGGAAGUGAUAGCUAAGUUUGUUAUGCUCCAUAUUAAACAACUUUGUUCUUUUCACUGAGGACAUUAUCUUCCUUACAUUUCAGAACAAAGAAAAAACAAGCGUGAAUAAAAAGACAAAUGUAUUUGAGUCCCUCAUAAUCCCCAUCUGUAUGUGCUACCCUUUCCUUCAAAUACAUAAAUGUCCAUCUUCUUUUUAAAAAAAGGUUCCUCUUCUGGCCAAAUUUAAUCAGUGGUGGUAUUUAUAGUCUUAAAUUGAGAGAGGAGACCUUUUGCUUAAAAAUUCUGUGGCCACUGUUUCCUUUUUGCAGUCAGUGGUCAAAAUUGAUCAUGCCCUUAAAUCGAUUUUUAUGCACAGAACUAGUUAUUGUGAACAUUACUACACCCUCCAAAGAUUUCCUGAUAACUUGGGCCAGAACUGGUUACUGAGUACCAAGGAUCUAAUUCAAUCAAUGCCUCAAAACUCUUCCACCCACAAUGCAAAUCUUACCUCACAAGCUCUAACCUAAAUCAUAGAGACAUGCAUGUUUCAUGCAUUCACACUGAUUUCGCUCUGUGGCCCUCCAGAGGGGUGGGCUCACGUCCCCUGACUCCUCACAUUAGUGCCUCAGCUCUAAGAGCCGUGGAACAAGGGGGUAGGGAAGUCUUGUGAUCUGGAGCUCAGCAACUGGCUCAGCAACGUUUUUUUCCAUUUCAUUAGCACUAAACAAGUCUCUUGCUCUCAGGAAUUUGUCAGGAAAAGAAUAAAAUCACCUGAGAUUCCACAUACCAGAUUAUAAACUCUUCUCAUAGGUUUGAAUUGCUUACUUACAUGUCAUAAAUUAACCACAGCUUCGUUUGACCACCAGGGUCUAAAAUCUCUUGACAGUUUCAGCAUGACUGAAUCGCUCAUCGUUUGUUUUGUUUUGUUUUUUGUUUUGCUUUCAGAAAUUGGCUUGGUUCUCUUUAGAGUUGGUGUAAACAUGCCAUGUAAUAAAUGAUUUCCACUUAAUGGUACAACAGAAUUAUUGCUUUCUUAGAUGUAUGUGUAGUAAAAGUCAAUAUACACAUUUAUAUAAUUUCUUUCUUCAAAAUCUUAUACCUAAUUUGAUAUUUCUAAAAAUUGCACAUGUAAGUCAUGUGUAUAACAUGCUAAAGUACUUUAACUGUGAUCUUAAAACUGAAUAAAAAUAUUUAAUAAAACUUUGAAAUAUUUUAAA